CCCCGUUGCCAUUAGAUAUCGCGGGCGUCGUGACGCAUGCGUGUUUAUGCAGAAAAAAAAUAUUUUUCUUUGUGACAAAACGCGAAUUUUUCCUAGCCGGCUUUAUUUUCGAGAAAUUUGCAUGAAAAAUAGAUAAAACAUGGCAUCUGUGGCUGUAGCAAAAGUGCAGGAAGUUCGCGAGAUAACGAGAAUCGAAAGAAUUGGCGCACAUUCUCAUAUAAGAGGUCUUGGUUUAAACGACAGUUUAGAAGCUCGAAAUGUAUCACAGGGAAUGGUCGGACAGCUUAUGGCUCGAAGAGCCACGGGAGUUAUUCUGGAAAUGAUUAAGGAUGGUAAAAUUGCGGGAAGAGCAAUUUUAUUAGCUGGACAACCUGGUACCGGUAAAACUGCCAUUGCCAUGGGUCUUGCUCAAGCCCUUGGUCAAGACACACCAUUCACAUCAAUGGCAGGUUCCGAAAUCUAUUCCCUAGAAAUGAGUAAAACCGAGGCAUUAACGCAAGCUUUUCGCAAAUCAAUUGGCGUGAGAAUUAAGGAGGAAACAGAAAUUAUCGAAGGCGAAGUCGUUGAAAUUCAAGUUGACAGACCAGCAACUGGAGUUGGGGCGAAAGUUGGUAAACUUACUUUGAAAACAACGGAAAUGGAGACGAUUUAUGACCUGGGAAAUAAAAUGAUUGAUAGUCUGAUGAAGGAGAAGGUUCAAGCCGGCGAUGUAAUAACAAUAGACAAGGCAACAGGGAAGAUAAACAGACUCGGUCGCUCUUUCACCAGGGCUCGUGAUUAUGAUGCAACUGGAGCACAGACUCGAUUUGUUCAAUGUCCAGAAGGUGAAUUACAAAAGCGAAAAGAAGUCGUUCACACAGUUAGUCUUCACGAGAUCGAUGUUAUUAACAGUAGAACACAUGGAUUUCUUGCUCUCUUCUCCGGCGACACUGGUGAAAUUAAAUCCGAAGUCCGAGAACAAAUUAAUGGAAAAAUCUCCGAAUGGCGAGAAGAAGGGAAAGCGGAAAUUGUACCUGGAGUUUUGUUCAUUGACGAAGUGCACAUGCUCGAUAUUGAGUGUUUUUCGUUUUUAAAUCGUGCCCUGGAGAACGAUAUGGCUCCUGUUGUUAUUAUGGCUACAAAUCGAGGUAUUACGAGAAUAAGAGGCACAUGUUACAAAAGUGCUCAUGGAAUGCCAAUUGAUUUAUUAGAUCGUAUGAUUAUCGUUCCAACUAAACCUUAUGAGGAGAAGGAAUUGAAAGAGAUUUUGAAAAUUAGAUGUGAGGAGGAAGAUUGCGAAAUGACGGACGACGCAUUAUUGGUACUUACUCGCAUUGCUUUGGAAACGUCUUUGAGAUAUGCUAUUCAAUUAAUUACCACUGCGUCGCUCGUUAGUCGCAAGAGAAAAAGCACCGAGGUUGGUAUCGAAGACGUAAAGCGAGUUUAUUCAUUAUUCGUUGACGAGAAUAGAUCGACACAAUUCUUAAAAGAAUAUCAGGAUGAUUUUAUGUUUAAUGAAAUGACGGAACAAAAUAUGGACACAACAUAAGUACAAUAAUUGACAGUAUUAAGUAAGACAUUUUUUUUUCUUUUUCUAUUUUCAAUUUAACUUGUCAAUAUAAUUUGCAGAAAUAAAAUUUCCGAAUUUUUGUAUUUUCAA